UAGGUUAAAAAUCUUGUUUUGUUUCCUCACCGACCGGCCUUUUCUGCAUCGUAUUUCAUAAUAGUGUAUUAUUUAUCCAAAAGAUGACAGAAGAAACAGCGGCGGAAGAAAUCAAUUACGAGGAACAAUAUGGGUAUGUUAAUGGGAGUUCUGUUUAGUUCAGGUUAGUGUAUUUCAUCGACAUUUGUGAACUCAACCUACAUCCUGGACCAAUUCAUUGUGAUUACUAGAUUAGUAAUCUCUUGUUGUGUAUCUCUGUCACACCACGCUUUGAUAUUUCCCAUGGAAGCUAAUUUUUCUUAGCUGUAUAUAAAUUUGUGAUUAGAUUUGUUUCCUACCGCCUUUUUAGGGUGCUUGUCGAAGAGAAUAAAAAGUUGAAGAUUGAUAUUUCAAGUUUGCAGUUAAGCAAUCGAAGUCUUGUCAAUCAGAAUAGGGAUGAGAAAAAAAAGGUUAUGGAUUGUCGUUUGCAGAUUGCUGACCUAGAAGGACGUCUUAAAGCUUUCGAUGCCACGAAACAGGAAUUAGCUGAUUCACAAGGACAAUGUGAACGUGUACGUAUGACAUUAGAAAGUUGUGAGGCUAAAUUAGCUGAUGCUGAAAGGCGCGCAGAUGAAGCAUCCGGUUUAAUAAAGAUCAAGGAUAGUAUUAUUGUGAAACAAAGUAAUUUUACGAAGGAGAUUGAAGAACGCUUAAGAAAUAUCACAGAGGAACGAGAUAAUUUGUUACAUAAAACCUCUAAUCUAGAAUCGGAAUUAAAUAUAGCUAUUGUUAGAGGGGAGGAUGCUGAUGACUUAAAAGAACGAUUGAAGGCAUUACAGGAACUUUUCGACAAUCUGGUCAACGAACGUUCUGAAACAACUAGUGAGAGUGGAUUAGCUGCUGCUAAUGACUAUUUCAAAUCCGAACAGGCUAAAUCUGAAAAUCGUAUCGCGGAACUUAAAGAAAUUAAAAGUGGAUUGGAACAGAAGAUUGAAGAACUAUGUGAUGACAAAAAGAAACUACAAAUGCAGCUGGAACAACAACUGGAUGAAUACGAGAAGCUUGGGGAAAAAUGCGCAACUCUGGAAGCACGUAUCAAGGAAAUGGCACAUUCUGAACGAAGAUAUGGUGGUGGUAUGCUCGGUGGUCGUCUGAUUGGACCCACUCUACCUCCAUGGAUCGCCGACGACAAAAAGCUGGAAAAUGAUCUAGAGCGACUUUCAAAGACUGACCCUGCCACUUUACGUGCCAAGGUCAUGGAAUUAGAGAGCCAAGUCAACGAACUUAAUCAACUUUUAACUUACCGAGAAGACGUGAUUCUUCGUAUCCAUGAGGAAAUAUCCAAAAAAGCUUCAAAACUUGAAGCCGCGGAUGUUGAACGUUCAAGUCUUACAGCUCAAAUUAGUAUAUUGAAACGUGAAUUAGCAACAGCUCGUGAAGAUUUAGCUCGUCGAGGAGUAGGUCCUAUUGAAUUAGAAUCUGAAAUUGAACGUUUAAGAAGUAAACGUGAUCGUGAAUAUCAACGACGCAAACGAACUGAAACUGAUUUAGAAAAUAUGGAAAAAGAAAAUCAAGAAUUAAAACAAAGAAUUAAGAGAUUAGAAGAAGCAGCCAUAGCUACUCCUCCCAAACCAAUAAUUCCUCAAAGUGAUCCUUCUGAUAGAAAUAAAAUUAUUGAACUUCAAGGUGCUGUUAAUCAACUUCGAAUGGACAAUGAAGCUAAACGAUCAGAACUUUUUGAUUUACGAUCACGAUUUGAUGCUAAAUCUGCACAAGUGGAUAAAAUGUCUGCUGAGUUCAAAACAAAAGAACGUCUCUGUUCCGAACUUACAACACAACUUGCAAAUACUCGUGGUCAAUUGGAAAUUACUACAAAAGAAUUAGAAUCAGUUCGAUGCAGAGCUGUACGUGGUGGUGCAGAAGUUGAACGUUGGCAUUCCGAUUUAACAAGUUUACAAACUACCAAUAAAUUCCUUUCUUCACAGUUAAAUGAUUUACGGAAUAAAGUUAUUGCAAAAGAUAAAAUCAUUGUUGACUUGGGGAAACGUUGUGAAACUAUUCUGAAUAAUAAUAAUAAUAAUCCUCUUAAAGCUCACGAAGAGCCAUCAAUUAACAUUAACGGAAAUGAAACUCUAUGCUCGCAUUGUCAAGAAUGUCUAAAUGAAGACAACCAACAGUCUGCUAAGUUGGAUAUUAUUGCUCGGCUUAAAGCUGAGUUGUCUUCAGUGGAAGAACGUUGUAAAACUCUUAUGGCUGAAGCAGUGCAAACUCAACAAACAAAUGAAAAUGUAAAAUCUCAGUUGGAGGCAGAACUUGCUAAAGCCCAACAAUCUGUUCAAAAGUUGUCUGAAGAAGUUGCACGAGAAAAAGAGACAGCAUACAAUUCAACUUCACGUGUACAAGAAUUGACCAACCAAAUACAUCAAUUAGAAACAGAUCUGUCUCAAACCAGGAUGCAAUUAUUAGAAGUUCAAUCAGAUCAUCAAAAAGAGAAUGAUAUCAUUGUAUCAACAACUGCAUCACCUCCGGCUAAACGUACUAGACGUAGUACAAAUGCUGUGAAUAAUGUGAAAGCUAAUUCAAAAAAUAAUCAAGAUCAUUCAUCCGGUGGUCGUCAUUGAUAUUCAAAUUACAAAUAGUUGCAUUUGAGAUUCCAUUUACAAUUUUUACCGACAUCCAGGGUGUUAUCAUUUGGACUAACUAAAUCUAAUGAUUUCCUGUCUCUCCUAUUCAGUCAAGGAAAUCAAUCCUAUCAGAAUCAGUUCAACCCCCCCGCUCCCGCGAAAUAUUUUACUAGUUUUGUUAUGAGUUUACAUUAUUUCUUCUAAACUAUUCAUGUGCGUGUGUGUUUAAUAAUUUCUUCCUUUUUAACCAACCCUGAUAUAUUCUACAUGUGUACACAUUGAGAACUUUAUAUCGGAGCUGCAUUUUUUCUCUCUCUCUUUAUCUUGAGAUAAAAGAAAAUAAAUUAUGAAAUUCUGUUACUUAUUUUUUUUUGCCUUUUUCAAAAAGUAUUGAUUGUUCUUCAUAAUAUGAACGAACAUAUGUGAACCUAUUCCCAGUGUUUGUUUAGUUUGAUGAUGAUGUUGAUUGUUUUUAUAUAAAGGUUAAUCAUGUAUGUAUGUGUGUAGUUGUUUAACAGCACAUCUCUAUAUUCUAUCUAUCUAUCUAUCUAUUUAAAAAAGCAGCACACUUGUAAGUAUUUUAUUGACAAAUAAUUAUUUGUAUAUGAUAGAUAGAUAUAUUUAUGAAUGAAUCC